AAAGUGAAAGAGGUCCUAGUUUGCCUCUUUCUACACCAUGCUUGACUCUGAGAACAUUCUAUUCUUAGUUCUACAUUACUUGCACCUCAAUGAGGACCAGAAUGCAGUGUCACAUUUGAAAGGCAUACACGGAUUGUACUUUUCUUUACAUCUCAGUAGAAAAACUGUUUGCUUUUUGACAGCUAAUGUCAGCUGGGGAUUUUAUGAGUUUGAAGAAACUGCUUUGAGUUCAAGCAAAGUUGUUGCUUAGUCUGUUCUGAAAGGGCUUUAGCAGCUUAAGUCGUUGUUUUAGGGAUUGAAGAAAACCAUGGGGGCUGUGCCUGUUAUGGAGAACAGCAACUGAACUUCGACAGGAAAUAGGGUCUUUUGGUAAUGAGUUCCAGCCAGCCUUUAACCGGAGAGCUAGAGCAGUUUCACAGAUUAAUGGAUCUCUCUGUGACGAGCAAGGAGGCUGUACAAUUUUUAUUUCGACAACAAAAAACACCUAGGCACAGCUAAGUUUAGACUUGUAUAGAGUCUUAAGUUUAUUGAAAGCAGCUCCUCGAAAGAAGCCAGCUGGCAUGGUUUAUUUUCAAAGUCUGCAGCCUGAUAUUAGAGCUUGUCACUUAACUUCAUUGAAAACCAGAUGCUCCAUGGCUUGGACCAGACGUUACUCUCAGGUCUGGGUUUAUACAGUUGCUUUGCGUCAGGAGAGUGGAGUCUAAGGUGCUCGGGAAAUAAUCUACUGAAUAAAUUGAGCAGAGUGUCUUGUUCCAAGCAAUACUACAAAGUAACUGAACGUUGCAGGACAGCACUGCAUACUCUGACACACACACACAAAAUUACUCUAUUAGGCAAUAGUUAAGGCUGCAAUGGGCCUGAAGCAUGGACACUGAUAUUGAUUUUUACAAGCAUUUCACUUGGCUUAAAAGGGUAAAUCUUCGUUCUUCUGUAAGCAAUGAAACCUAUCAAGAGCGUCUGGCACGUUUAGAAACAGAUAAGGAGUCACUGGUGCUACAGGUGAGUGUGCUCACAGACCAGGUGGAAGCACAGGGAGAGAAGAUCCGGGACCUGGAGAGCUCUCUGGACGAACACCAUCACAAACAGCAAAGCACACAGGAAAUGCUACAACAGGAGCUGCUGAGCAGAACUUGCCUCGAAACCCAGAAAUUGGAUCUGAUUGAUGAAGUCUCACACCUAAAACUGAAACUAGCUGGAAUGGAAAAGAAGCAAAAUGAUUGCGACAAGAAACAGCACAAAGCUGAGUCUGUGGUAAAUCUGAUUAGUGAACUGCAGGAACAGAUGUGUAGAUUUCAGCAAGAGAUCAGUACCAGAAUCCAGGAGAAACGGGAGCAGGAGAGCAAUCCUGCUGACACUAAAGCUAUGGACCCCCCGCAAAGCAGGACAGGCACAAGUUUAGCCAGCCCCAGCAGCAAUGAGGAGAGCUAUUGCUGUAGGGGAGAAAAUCUUUCUAUUUCUUACUCCCUCCAUGUCUGUUACAAGUCCUUAAUGACCAAGCUCUGUAGCCUGAAACUCACAGUUGAACAGAUGCAGUUAGAAAAACAGCACUGGGAGGAGAAAUACAGAACGGCUCAGGCGGAAAUAGCUGAUCUUCAGAAACUGCUGGCAACAAAAGAUGCAGAAAUUGAACGUCUACAGAACCAGCUAUCAUGUAAAACUCCUGUACCGAGCAACAGCACAGAGAGAGAGGAGGUGUAUAGGAGGAGGCUGAAAGAAAAACAUCAAGAAUUACAGAGGUUGAAAAUAGGAAUGGAAUCCUUGUUGGCAGCAAAUGAAGAAAAGGACCGUCGAAUAGAGGAGCUGACAAUUCUAUUAAACCAGUACAGGAAGAUGAAAGAGUCUCUGGCUGUGGCAGAAGGCUCCUGUGAAAGAAUAUUGUCAGUAAGCAGUGAGGAAGAACUCAAUGGUAGUAUGAACACAAGAACGCCAGUGCACAAAACCAGCACAGAAAACAUUAGAUCCGAGAAGUCAUCCAGGUGUUCAUCAUUCGCCUUAGUUUCCCCUUCAUCUAUACAAAACGAAUUAGAAACUAGCUGCAGAACUACCCAUACUUCUCCAGAACCCUUAGUUUCUCCACACAGAUUGGAAGACAGCUUUAAAGAUCGACAAUGGGCACAGCAAAGGAUGUUAUCCAGUAGUAUGGAAGAAUUACAGAGCGGAUCACUACAAAAGCAUGUAGUUGCGGAACCAGUAGAACCUGUUGUGUCUCCAGAGAACCGACCACAUGUAGAAAAUAACAAGUAUCAGACAUUGCCUGGAAAAUUUUCCUGGGCAAAUCAAAAUGGAGACAAUGAAAAAUACAAGCCCUCAAAUGUCCAAAGAGAUAAGGAUGAGGAUGAAGAGAGUGAAUUCAACCUAAACCGCAGCAGGAGUGCCAGCGCUCCAGCUUUAGGAAAGACACAGAAAAUUGAUGACGCCACCCUAAGUUCAUCUGACCGUUCACCUCAGUCCUCAGGAGUAGACUCAGGCCAGCAGUCUCCAGUGUCCCUAGAAAACAGAAAGAAUCCCAAAGGAAUCAAGAAAUUCUGGGGAAAAAUACGAAGAACCCAGUCAGGUACCCUUCAGGCAGGUGACAUAGGUGCCUCUCAGUUCCAAAGAGGGGGGCUGCGGGCCACAGCGGGGCCUCGUCUGGCAUGGACUAAAGAAACAGGAAACACAACAAGCGACUGGAAUGCUCCAUUUUCUCAGUGGAGGACAGAGCAGGUUUGUAGUUGGCUGGAGGAUUUUGGUCUAAGUCAGUAUGUGAACCUGGCAAGGCAGUGGGUAAACACUGGACACACACUCUUAACAGCAUCCCCUCAAGACCUCGAAAAGGAAAUGGGAAUUAAACAACCACUACACAGGAAGAAGUUACAGUUGGCACUCAAAGCAUUCAGUAUGAAACUGGUGGAGAAAUCUGCAGACCUGGACCAUAUCUGGGUGACACGUUGGCUAGAUGACAUAGGGUUACCGCAAUACAAAGACCAGUUCAAUGAAGGAAGAGUUGAUGGAAGGAUGCUACAAUACCUAACAGUGAAUGAUCUCCUGUUUCUUAAAGUCACCAGCCAGCUCCAUCACCUCAGUAUUAAAUGUGCCAUUCAUGUACUACAUGUCAGCAAGUUCCACCCGAACUGCCUGAGACGCAGGCCAGGAGAGGAGCACAACAGCUCGCCCUCUGAAGUAGUGCAGUGGUCGAAUCAUCGGGUGAUGGAGUGGCUUCGCUCAGUGGACCUGGCAGAGUAUGCCCCAAACCUGAGAGGCAGUGGAGUUCAUGGCGGGCUAAUUAUUCUGGAACCUCGUUUUAAUUCUGACACCUUGGCAAUGCUCCUUAACAUUCCUCCCCAAAAGACACUUCUAAGGAGGCACCUAACCACAAACUUCAACAUGCUGAUUGGUUCAGAGGCCCAGCAAGAAAAGAGGGAGUUCAUGGAGUCAUCUAGCUAUGCACCCCUGACCACCACAGCAAAAGUCAGGCCAAAGAAGCUUGGAUUUUCAAACUUGGGGCACUUAAGAAAAAAGAAGUUUGACGAUUCCACAGAUUAUAUUUGCCCGAUGGACACGGCUCAGCCUGCAACGAAUGGAGCCCAAAAGGGCUAUGGGGGACACAGGGGAGUUAGUUCAGUCUUUGACCGGGACUUGCACAGAAUGGAGCAGGUGGGACAAAGCUAAUGUCACACAAACCCAUCCCCAUUGGAAUCAAAGCUUUCAAACUAUAACAUUGUGCCAUCAUAUAACAUUCAAACCCCUGAACCACUGGCAUGAGUACUAUUCAGGACAUACUAAAAUAGGUUUUCACUGGAAGAAUUUGCGUCAUUUUUUUUAAUCAACUGACAGCCAUGGAUUCAGCAUUUUAGUAUUGAACUGUAUUAAGAUCAUCUUUUUCAUUUUGUUUUAUUUUUUACUGCUAUCAAAUGAUCGUACUAUUUUAAAAUAAUUUUAUGUACUCAUUAAUUUGUUCAUGUUAAACCUGUAUAUAAAUACAAAUUGUUCAGACCAUUUAUUAUCAGUACACAUAAAAUAUUGAAACUGUCUUUUUUGUUUUUUUAUUUCUGAUUUCAAAUGCCAAGAAAGGUAACUGAGCAGAUUUGAUUUUUUUUUAAUAUAAAGGCACUGUGCAAUAUUUUUACAUUUAGGGUAUAUUUAAUAUUUAUAUGGGGUAUUUGUGUAUUACACAUCCUGAGGAACACUAAGAAAGUCUACAACCUGUUUAGCUGUUAUAUGGGUGUUUGGUAUCUUCAGUAAAGAAACACAAAAUAUUUUUGUAGCAUUACUAUGUUGAUUUUAAGAUCUUAUUCCUAUAUUUCAUAACUGUAAAUAGGAUUAUACAAAACUGGACUGGGUUACAGUAAUAAAUUAAUUUCUUCAAAACUGA